UUUGUACUCUUCUACUUUCCUUUUCAUCAUUAAGAACGUUAAAUAAGAAGACGAGCUUUUGCCGUCUGUUCUCCCUCCCCAAAUGAUACAAAAGAAAACCCAUCAACCCACGAAAUCCCUUUCACUAUGUAACUCCAAUUCUACCCAGAAUACACCUCUCCCUCUCCUCACCAUCUAUCAGAAAAGUGUCCUUUCUUUUUCCCCUGUUUCACAGUUUCCUCCCUCCAUAACCGUAAAUCCUCCCCAAAGAAGCAACACCACCUUCAAGCCCCCAAACCACACGCCAAUUAACACACACAGACAAAAUACCAAACCGUCGGCCGAUUAUCCGACCCAGAAGAUCACACUUCCCCAAAUUUACCGUCACCAACGAAAAAACAGAGCAGAGAGGCAGAAAAAACAGAGUAAGCUGAGCUAAAACAGAGCCCACACUUGGCGUUCUGGUGGACCCACCUUCUCCAUCGACGUGUCAGCUCCUCCUUUUGCAUGGCUUCCUAAUUCCUGCUUCACCGCUUCCCCCUUUAAAUUCCACUCUUUCCCCUUCUCCAAUUCCUCUACCCCCACAACCCACCACGGAAGAAAAAAAAGGUCUUCCAUGGAGAUUCCAAAAGUUGCUUUCUUUCCUCUGUUUCUCGCUCUGUCUUUCCUCGCCGGGGAGGCCUUCCCGGCUAAGAACCCCUUCCAGCCCGGAAUCGUGAUGCCCACCGAGAAGGGUCCCGACGACGAUGAAGUCGGGACGAGAUGGGCGGUUCUUGUCGCCGGCUCGAAAGGGUAUGGAAACUACAGGCACCAGGCCGAUGUUUGCCACGCGUACCAGCUGCUCAAGAAAGGCGGGUUGAAGGAGGAGAACAUUGUGGUGUUCAUGUUCGACGAUAUCGCUAACAGCGAGCUCAAUCCCAGGCCCGGGACCAUCAUCAACCACCCGCAAGGCGACGACCUUUACGCCGGCGUCCCCAAGGAUUACACGGGCGAGAAUGUGACCGCGGAGAAUCUGUACGCGGUGAUCAUGGGUGACAAGGCUGCGGUGAAAGGAGGGAGCGGAAAGGUUGUGGCUAGCAAGCCGAACGACCGGAUUUUCUUGUACUAUUCUGACCAUGGCGGCCCGGGUGUUCUCGGGAUGCCGAACAUGCCUUUCCUAUACGCGAUGGACUUCAUCGAGGUGUUGAAGAAGAAGCACGCAACUGGUACAUACAAAGAAAUGGUGAUCUAUGUGGAGGCCUGCGAGAGCGGUAGCAUCUUCGAAGGGAUCAUGCCCAAGGACUUGAACAUUUAUGUGACCACUGCGUCCAACGCGCAGGAGUCUAGCUUCGGUACCUACUGCCCUGGCAUGGACCCUCCCCCUCCUCCAGAGUACAUCACUUGCCUCGGUGAUCUCUAUAGCGUCGCCUGGAUGGAAGACAGCGAGACACACAAUCUGAAGAGGGAGACGGUGAAUCAACAAUACAAGGCCGUGAAGUCGAGAACCUCGAAUGGCAACACAUUCGCAGCCGGAUCCCACGUGAUGGAAUACGGGAGCCAUGGGAUCAAGCCGGAGAAGCUCUAUCUGUACCAAGGGUUCGAUCCCGCCAGCGUCAAUCUCCCUCCACCGCCCAACGAUGGGUUGUCGAGGAUGGAUGUUGUGAACCAGAGAGAUGCAGAGCUCCUCUUCUUGUGGCACAUGUACAAGAGGUCGGAGAACAGAUCGACCAAGAAGGCAGCGAUACUGGAGGAGAUCAGGAAGACGGUGACAUAUAGGAACCACUUGGAUGGCAGCAUAGAGCUGGUUGGGACGCUCUUGUUCGGACCCAAAAACGGUCCGGAUGUGCUCAACAAGGUCAGGGAGGCCGGUUCGCCUCUUGUGGACGACUGGCAAUGCUUGAAACCAAUGGUGAGAGCAUUCGAGGGGAAGUGUGGGUCGUUGACGCAGUACGGGAUGAAGCACAUGAGAGCAUUUGCCAACAUCUGUAACAGUGGGAUAUCGGAGGCGACUAUGGAGGAAGCAUCUGGUGUAGCUUGCGCAGGGUAUGCAGCCGGUAAUUCGAGCCCGGUGACCGUCGGAUUCAGUGCUUGAAAGAUGGCGAGUUGAUCUCUAUAUAUAUUUCAGAGAUUGUUGUAAUGCUAUAGCAGGGAAGAUUAAAUAGCGAUAAGAGUUGGAAUGUGUGAUGUAAAUAAGGGGGGUUAUGGACUUAUGGUUAUCGUUGUUGCUGUGAAUUUGGAUGGGAUGUAUAGGCCUAUAAGGUCGUGAAAUUAUAUGAAAAAAGAUCAGUAGAAUUUGGCUCCAUUCUGGGCUCGGGGCUUUGGAUCUCGUUGGGCUUUUGGGCUGGG